AUGAUGUACAUGAGGCAGCAAGAUGACAUCGCAAGAACGAAGCUGGAGGAAACUCAGCCCUGCGGUAACAAGUUCUCGUUACGAAAUCGAAUAAGAAAUCUUACGCGCUUCGUGGUCCUAGCGCAUCACCGAUCCGCCCAAAGACUGGUGCUCCCGCAAGCUGGCACAUCGAAAAAAUCCCUAGGGGGAAAGCUCAGAAACAAGUAA